AUGGGUGAUAUUCUAGAUUCACAGAAAUAUGUCAAUUCAACGUGCUUGAGUCUUCUUUUGCUGGAGGUGGUGCCCACCUCGAUUCGAGUGUCCCAUAAAUUGAAAGAAACCAGUAAUGCCAUGGCUAAUAUUGAUGAACAAACUAGGUUCGAUACAAAAUUAUCAAGUAUACCGGAUGAUUUACCAGGAACAGUUAAUGUAUUGGAGAAUCCAUUGAUAAACAAUGAUGAUGUUACUAUUAGAGUUGAGAAUUACGGAUACAAUUUGGGAUUAAGGCUUUCGGAAGUUUUAAUGUAUAAGAUAUCAAAUCCAAACAUAUCGCAAAAUUCAUCAACCAAGAUUGUUGAUGUAUUGGAUAUCAUGAAAUUUGUUUGUAGAGAUGUAUGGAAAAACCUUUACGGGAAACAAAUGGAUAAUUUAAGAACCAAUCAUCGGGGGACGUUUGUGUUGGUUGAUAAUAAUUAUAAGCUUAUAAAUAAUCUCAAUGGUUCGAAAACUGAAAGUGACACUUUGAUUAAAUCAAGCUCCUAUAUUUGGUUCCCCUGUGGUAUAAUCAGAGGAAUCCUAAUGAGUUUUGGUAUUGAUGCUAAUGUAACUGCUGAAAUUACUGCUCUCCCAGCAGUUACUUUCAAUAUUCAGACUGCAAUAAAUAAUUAG